AUGGCCGAACUCCGUCGUAAGCUUGUCAUCGUCGGUGACGGUGCCUGCGGUAAGACUUGCCUUCUUAUCGUCUUCUCUAAAGGAACAUUCCCUGAGGUCUAUGUUCCCACUGUCUUCGAGAACUACGUCGCCGAUGUCGAUGUUGAUGGCAAACAUGUCGAACUCGCUCUUUGGGAUACGGCAGGUCAGGAAGACUAUGACCGCCUGCGCCCUCUCUCCUACCCUGAUUCUCACGUCAUUCUGAUCUGCUUUGCGAUUGACUCGCCCGACUCUCUCGAUAAUGUCCAAGAAAAGUGGAUCUCCGAAGUCCUUCACUUCUGCUCAGGCCUCCCUAUCAUCCUCGUGGGUUGCAAGAUGGAUCUCCGCCACGACCCCAAGACCAUUGAGGAACUGCACAAGACUUCCCAGCAGCCGGUUACCCCUGAGCAGGGUGAGGAAGUUCGGAAGAAGAUUCAGGCCUAUAAGUACUUGGAAUGCUCUGCUCGGACCAACGAGGGUGUCCGUGAGGUUUUCGAAGCUGCUACUCGUGCUGCCCUCAUGAGGAAGAGCAACGGCCCCAAGAAAUCCCACCGGUGCAGUAUCUUGUAA